AUUCCAGUUGAGUAAAUAAAUCACCACUGGUGGCUUUGCUCUUGUCUGCGUGUGCAUACUUUCUUUUUGUCCUGACUACCAGGGGUGUGUGGAUAUCUUAAUCCUCUGCCUUCUUCGUGUUGUUUUCGCACAGUUUGCGUGUCCUUUACAGUAAGGCUCCUCCUGCAGACGCAUUUUGGCACUUUGGCACGGUGUGACUUUGGCACGGCAUAAGACGCAGUCCGUCUGUCGAGCUCGGUGCAUUCCCACCUCUGCGAAAAUGGCGAAAAUCAGUCCGUGUUUCAAGAAGAUCUUCAUCUUCUUCAACUCUCUUUUUGCAAUCUUUGGGAUUGUUGUUUUCGUCUUGGCUCUGUUAGCGCAUCAAUUCGUCAAUGAGCCGAAUGGCCUGCACGGAGUAAUCCUUCUGUAUGUGAUCGGUUCUGUCAUUUUCAUCAUCGCUGUCUUGGGAGCUUAUGGUGCAUACAAAGAGAGCAAGUGUGCCCUGAUUGUGUUUUUCACCGUGAUGUGUUUGGCGACUAUUGGCAUGUUGCGUAUCGCCGUUCCUAUGGCAGCCUCCCAGCAGGAGCUCAUCUCAGCUGUCAGACAACAAUUCGGAACUAAAGACGUUUUCACUAAAGAUGUAGAGAAAGCACUCGACUCCAUUCAAGCGCAUUUGCAGUGCUGUGGACUCAAUGGCUAUGAGGACUGGAAAGAUCAAGUUCCUGUAUCAUGCAACUGCGUCAAUGAACAUGGUCCAAGUGGCGAAUGUAAGAAGAUAACCUCAAGGAAGUCCUACCAGAGCUUUUGGCAGGAUCGUGGAUCAGAAAGCAGAAUGGUCUGGUCACAGCCAUGUGGGCCUAUUAUUAUUGAAUAUUUGGACAAACUAAUAACCAUCGUAAUGGGUGUGCUUUUCGGCCUCGCAACUCUCGCUAUUCUGGGAGGUCUGAUGUCUCUUGCGAUGAUUGUCCGUGUCUCCGCUCCUGAGACAGCAAUUCAUCUGUCAUCUUUUCCUCUUUCAUACCAGCCACCAAAAUACUCAGAGGUGGUUAAUUCUUAACCAAGCAAUUUAACAGCUUCAUCCAUCCAUCCAUUUUCUAUAUCGCUUAUCCUACAGGGUCACGGGGAACCUGGAGCCUAUCCCAAGGCGGGGUUACACCCUGGACAGGGUGUUUAACAGCUUCAGUUUGUAAUAACUUGGGUUUUAAGGGAUUUUGCAAGUCGAGCUUCUUCCAAUAUAGACAUCCACAUUCCUGUGCUUCUACAUGUCCUUCACUCCACUGAACGAGUAUGUGGAGCAAACUGACAAUACUGCCUAGAUUUAAUAUUUCUUUUGUUAGUUUGCUUUUAUGUCAGCAUUGCAUUUCUUACUUUGUAGGGCAGCAUGUCUACAGGACUGGAGUGGAAAAAAAAACCUUGCUUUAUGAUACAGUUCAAAAGGCUUUGAAAAUGUUUAUAAAAACAUUUUUUUAUAUUAUAUCUAAGUUUUCUAAGGUGUUGGAUCUUAAAAUGUGUACUAAUUUCCUGUCUUUGAGUGACCUUCAGAUGUGCUAACAAUGCACAAUUUGAUAUAUUUUGUAUUCUGUUCUAUUUCUGAGCUUGUGGUUUAAUAAAUCCUGGUCACAUAAUUGAGUGAUGAUGUGACAAACUUUUUUAUAUAACCAUAAGAGUAAUCUCUCCUCACUGAUUGUAGCUAAUUGUAAAAUUAUCAAGAAAAUUAUGGAUUCAUUAUGUGCACUUUACCAGAAACACGAGUGUAAGAAUGCACUAUUUUUAAAUAUACUGGCUUAUUGUGAAUUUAAAAAAAAAAAAAAAAAAAAAAAAUUGAGACAAAUUAAAAUGAUGUACAUCACCUUUAAAUCUCUCUGUGGUGCACUUUUAAUAACAUUUAAUGUCUCGGGCACCUUACAUUUUUAUAUAAAUGUUGUCUUACAUGGCUAUUUUAUGCCAACUAUAUUAGUGUGUUAGUAGAAAUUAAAAUAUAUAUAUUUAUUUUACAUGAAACUUUAUUUUACAGAGUAUGCUUUUUGUUAUUAAGUAGUGAGCCAUAUUAAAAAAAAAUGUACUAUGUUUCUGAUAAAAAGUCAUCGAGCCAGUUCUCCAAGAUGCCUGAAGCCACAUACCUUGUUUGUUUGUUUGUUUGUUUUUAAAAGAAAACUACACCAUAAGUGUCCCAAGAAGAACUGAUGCAGUAUUAAAUAUGAAAACAGAUGAUAUACAGAGUAUUUUCCAAUCAAGUAAAUGAAAUAAGUAUGUACUGAAUUAGAUAAAUGUAUUAGUUAACCCAUAUGUAACCAGUGUAUUAGAUUAUGUCACAGUAAUAAACACAAAAGUGAAUUAGU